AUGAGACAGAAAAAUUGUAACCAGGUUUAUGACCACCUUUUCCAGUCUGGCCAGGUGUCCUUUGUGAUUUUUAUUUUGUGUUUGAGUUUUUGCAAUUGUACGACUCAACCCCCCACCGAAACCCCUGAACUGCUUUCCGCUACUAAAACCAUAUGUCAUCAUUUGCUACCCGGUCUGCACAAAUUACGGCGUGGUGUCGAUAUUACAAAACUUGACUUGCUUCCCUUGAAAGUUAACAGCGAUGAUGGCUUCAAGUAUCCAGUUAUUGACUUCAACUGCGCAGACGGUAAAACUCAGUAUAUUGGUGAGUCCGUGUAUAAUGUACCAGACGAAAUUUUUACAGUCACACCUAUGUCCAAAGGCUUGUUGAAUGAACAAGUGAAUAUUGUGAAGAAAUCAUCUGAUGUUUUGAAAAUGAUGAGUGCUAACAUUGGCUUUGAUACUGUAAUUAAAGGAUUAUUUUCAGCCAGUUCCUCUUACAAGAAAAUGACCUCAUCUUUCUACAAUGAAUCCCGUUAUGUUGAACAUGUUGUCGCACACCAGUCAGUAUCAAGGGCAUCUCUUAUCCCAAAAUUUUUUCUCAAACUUGGCAAAUAUGCUCAAUUGUAUGUAGACAAGUUUCUCCCAAUAAAGAAAGUGGAUACCAAAUUCACAGCAAGUUCUAAUCAGAUUAUCAGGUAUUAUGGAGGUGAUACAAACCUGUUGGUUUCAGGAGGAAUAGCCAAGUGGCAACCAACAGUGGCCAAAAAUCCAUGGGUCUUUGGUGGCCAGCUUGUUCCUCUUGAUGGUGAUGGUGGUCAGUGUGGAGGUGGUGCUGCACGGAAUCUUUGUGCAAAGGUUGGAACUAUGACUACUUAUUACAGGGAUGAUACUGAUAAACGUGGAGGAGGUUGUCGCAUGAAGUGGGGAAUCAUGAAACCUGGUAGACUAAAUGAAAGCUGGCUCAAACAGGUACAAAUUUGCUACAACUGGUGGCCUGAUGGAGAUGGUGGUCAAUGUGGAGGUGGUGCUGCCAGAAACCUGUGUGCUCCUAUUAAUCAAUUUACUGCUGUAUAUAGAGAUGAUACUGAUCGACGUGGAGGAGGCUGUCGUAUGCGAUGGAAAUUGGUUGUUCCUAGCAGUGCACCUAUUUGGCUAAAGAAUAUGAAACUGUGCUUCCAGUGGUACCCUGAUGGUGAUGCUGGGCAGUGUGGAGGAGGAGUGGAUAGAUUAUUGUGUGCUACUGCAAAUAGCUGGACCACAGCCUAUCGAGAUGACACUGACAGAAGAGGUGGUGGCUGUCGAAUGCGUUGGGGCCUUAUUCCAAGUUAA